AUGAUAAUCAUUGGGACAAUAGAAGGACGAAAAGUUCAAAAUUGUGGUAGUAUAAGAAAUGGUGGAGGAGCUGGGGGAGGCUUUAAUAGUGAUAAGAAUGGUAGUCAAAGUGGGGGGAGUGGAAACAAUAUUGGUAUAGGUGGAGGAGGAGGUGGAAGUGUUGGAGCAGGUGGAGGCCUAGGAGGAGGUGUUGGUGGAGGAGGUGCUAGAGCUGGUGGAGAUGUAGGUGCAGGAGGAAGUGUAGGUGUUGGUGGAGGUGGAGGAGGUGCCAUAGGUGGUGGAGGAGGAGCUGGAGGAGGAGGCACUGGAAUUGGUGAAGGUGCAGGAGGAGGUGGAGGUGUUGGUCUUGGCGCAGGUGGAGGUGUUGGUGGUGGUGGAAGUAUAGGUGCAGGAGGAGGUGGAGGUGCGGGUGCAAGAGGAGGUGUGGGAGGAGGUGGAGGUGUUGGUCUUGGCACAGGUGGAGGUGCUGGAAUUGGUGGAAGUGGAGGUGCAGGGGUUGGUGUCGGUGGUGGUGGAAGUGGAGGUACAGGAGAAGGUGGAGGUGCAGGGUUUGGUGCUGGUGCUGGAGGAGGUGUUGGUGGAAGUGGAGGUGCUGGUCUUGGAACAGGUGGAGGUGUUGGAGGAGGUGCUAGAUCUGGUGGAGAUGUAGGUGCAGGAGGAAAUGUAGGUGUUGGUGGAGGUGGAGGAGGAGCCAUAGGUGGUGGUGGAGGAGGAGGAGUUGGAGGUGGAGGAGGAGGUGCUGGAAUUGGUGGAGGUGGAGGUGCUGGUCUUGGUGCCGGAGGAGGCACUGGAAUUGGUGGAGGUGCAGGAGGAGGUGGAGGUGUUGGUCUUGGCGCAGGUGGAGGUGUUGGUGGUGGUGGAAGUAUAGGUGCAGGAGGAGGUGCUGGAAUUGGUGGAGGUGGAGGUGCUGGUCUUGGUGCAGGAGGAGGCACUGGAAUUGGUGGAGGUGCAGGAGGAAGUGGAGGUGCUGGUCUUGGCGCAGGUGGAGGUGUUGGUGGUGGUGGAAGUAUAGGUGUAGGAGGAGGUGGAGGUGCGGGUGCAAGAGGAGGUGUGGGAGGAGGUGGAGGUGUUGGUGGUGGUGGAAGUGUAGGUGCAGGAGGAGGUGCUGGAAUUGGUGGAGGUGGAGGUGUUGGUAGUGGUGGAAGUAUAGGUGGAGGUGGAGGUGUUGGUGGUGGUGGAAGUGUAGGUGCAGGAGGAGGUGCUGGAAUUGGUGGAGGUGGAGGUGCUGGUCUUGGUGCAGGAGGAGGCACUGGAAUUGGUGGAGGUGCAGGAGGAGGUGGAGGUGCUGGUCUUGGCGCAGGUGGAGGUGCUGGUGGUGGUGGAAGUAUAGGUGCAGGAGGAGGUGGAGGUGUUGGUGGUGGUGGAAGUGUAGGUGCAGGAGGAGGUGCUGGAAUUGGUGGAGGUGGAGGUGCUGGUCUUGGCACAGGUGGAGGUGUUGGUAGUGGUGGAAGUAUAGGUGCAGGUGGUGGUGGAGGUGGAGGUGUAGGUGCAGGAGGAGGUGGAGGUGCGGGUGCAAGAGGAGGUGUUGGUCUUGGCACAGGUGGAGGUGUUGGUGGUGGUGGAAGUGUAGGUGCUGGAAUUGGUGGAGGUGGAGGUGCUGGUCUUGGUGCAGGAGGAGGCAUUGGAAUUGGUGGAGGUGGAGGUGCUGGUCUCGGCGCAGGUGGAGGUGUUGGUGGUGGUGGAAGUAUAGGUGCAGGAGGAGGUGGAGGAGGUGUAGGUGCAGGAGGAGGUGGAGGUGUUGGUCUUGGCACAGGUGGAGGUGCUGGAAUUGGUGGAAGUAGAGGUGUAGGGGUUGGUGCCGGUGCUGGAGGAGGUGUUGGUGGAAGUGGAGGUGCUGGUCUUGGAACAGGUGGAGGUGCAGGUGGUGGUGGUGGAGGUGUAGGUGCAGGAGGAGGUGGAGGUGGAGGUGCGGGAGGAGGUGUAGGAGGAGGAGGAGGUGGAGGUGUUGGUGUCGAUGGAGGUGUGGGAAGAGGUGGAGGUGCAGGAGUAGGUGUCGGUGGUAGUGGAAGUGGAGGUGUUGGGGUUGGUGUUGGUGGUGGUGGAAAUGUAGGUGCACGAGGAGGUGGAGGCAGAAAUGUUGACACAGGUGGAGGUGCUGGAAUUGGUGGAGGUGGAAGUGCAGGGGUUGGUGCCGGUGGUGGUGGAAGUGUAGGUGCAGGAGGAGGUGGAGGUGCAAGGGUUGGUGCUAGUGAUGGAGGAAGUGCCAGAGUUGGUGGAGGUGUAAGUGCAGGAGGAGGGGCAGGAGUUGGUUCAAGUGGUGGAGGAGUGGGUGCAUGA